AUUGUCACUUUUUUGAUGACAGCGACUAGCGACGCCAUUAGGAGCAUCGCGUCUAAAAUUUUUAAUUUGUGAAAAAUACAAAAUAAUACCUCUUGUGGGUGUUGAAAAAGACCAAAAAGGGCUCUAGUUUAAUUAGUGGAUUGUGCAAAAGGCAGUGAAUAAUGAGUGACUCCGGUACUUUUGCUCUAAAUGACUUGGUGUGGGCUAAAAUGAGGGGAUUCUCACCGUGGCCUGGCCGGGUUGUGGAUCCACCACCGGAACUCCGGAAGAUUGCCAAGAAGAAUAUCCCAGCCCAAUGUAUAUUCUUCUUUGGCUCCAAUAACUAUGCCUGGAUUGAGAAUUCCUUCAUUCGGCCGUAUGAGCAAUUCAAAAGUAAGUUCAUCACGUCCUACAAGACCGUGGCAUUCAAGGAAGCCGUUGAAGCAAUUGAGAAGUACAUCAAGGACCCAUCGAGCUUUGAAGCGUCUCUCAGGCCAACGGAGCCUGAUCCCAAUGAGCAAUUUGAUAAGCUCAGAGAAGAGGAGGAGAUUGAGUCCCCCAAACCGGUGGUAACACCCAAAAAGGUGACUCCCAAGAGAAAAGAGAAGCCAAAAGCAACUCGCAAUUCCCUGAAAAAGGCUGACAAUGACAUCGCAACACCCCAGCCAGAUCGUAAGCGUAAACGCAUAUCGGCCUCGCUGGAGAACAAUGAUGACAGCCACAAUGAGAUAGAUGGAUCAUUCACGAGCCAUGGUACAACAACAAGACGCAAUGUCGCCGCAUCGGGGCUGCUGAAUCGACCAGCACCUAUACCGCGACCUGAAACACCUGAGAUUGACAUGAGUAAAGUCUCUCAGACGCUAAAAUCGAAGAACAUUACGCCAUCGUCGCUGCGCUUUGGUUUUCUCGGCUUGGGCAUCAUGGGAUGUGGCAUUGUGAAGAAUCUAAUUAAUUCCGGGCAUAAGGUUGUCGUGUGGAAUCGCACCUUCACUAAAUGUCGCACCUUUGCCGAGGCGGGUGCACAAGUUGGGGACACCCCGUCCGAUGUGGUUGACGCUACGGACAUAACAUUCUCAUGCGUGGCUGAUCCUCAAGCUGCGAAAGACAUGGUUUUCGGCAAUUGUGGCGUUUUGCAAGCGAGCUCAGUGUCUGAGGGGAAGGGUUAUGUGGAGAUGACGGGAAUUGAUUCGGAGACAUCGACAGACAUUGCCGAUGCUAUUGUUUCGAAAGGUGGACGGUAUCUUGAGGCCCAAAUUCAGGGGUCUAAGGCACAAGCUGAAGAGGGAACCCUCAUAAUUUUAGCUGCUGGAGAACGUUUGCUCUUUGAGGAGUGUCAGACAUGCUUUGAGGCCAUCGGGAAGAAUUCCUUCUUCCUCGGAGACGUAGGGAAUGCAUCGAGAAUGAAUCUUGUCUUGCAAAUGAUUGCUGGUAUAUCACUCGCAGGCUUGUCUGAAUCCAUGGCUCUUGCUGAACGUGCUGGAUUGCAGACAAAGGAUGUUCUGGAAGUGUUGGAGCUCACUAAUAUGGCUUCACCGCUUAUACUUGAGAAAGGACACGCAAUGACUAAGGGAGAAUACCCCACGCACCAUCCAUUAACACACAUGCAGAAGGAUCUUCAUUUAGCACUGCGGAUGUCGGAAACGCUGGAACAAUCACUUCCGAUUACCGCAAGUGCAAAUGAAGUGUUUAAGCACGCCAAGCGUCUGGGCUAUUCGGACCACGAUGCAAGUGCUGUGUAUGUAAGGGCCAGAUUCUAACGUUAGAUGUUACAAAAGGGGCGCACAAAACUGAAGAAAGAAAGAUUAACAUCCCCCCGACGAGAUGGGUACACGCGCGCUCUUAAUCAUCAUCCUCAAAAGAUGUGAGCUCUUCUUUAUAAGUUGGUUUAAUAGUAAAAAAAAAAAAAGGUAGAAACAUUUUUAUUUCAGAACACAGACAUUUCAUUCUUUAUUAUUAUGUUUUAAGAAUAUAAUUUGAAUAUAUAUAUUUUGCGUUCAAACAAACAAUCAAAUAAGAAAUGUAAAAGGUAAAGUGCAAGCAUAUUUACCUCUAAAAGAAAAAAAAUUGUAUAAGUAAAUUUUUCAAACAAAAAAAAAGGAAAAAAAACAAUAACAGGUCAUUUUGUGUAAAAGAUAGAAUAAUAAUAAAUAAAACUAAACUUUAUGUGAAAGAAAAACAAACAAACUUUGAGUACAUAGAAGGAAAAUCAUUUUUUUUUAAUAAUCCUUAAUCAAACACAAUAUUGUAAAAAAAAAGAGAACAAUUCUGUUUAAUUUUAUUUCAUUGAAUUUUUAAAUGUUAAAUUCGGGAAAUUAUUCAAUUUUCAAAAAAUAAUUUUGUUCUUUUAUGAAGAAAAAAAUAAGAAAUUCAAAAAUAAUUUAGAUAAAUUGUAGCAUUUUUUUUGUUUAGUUAUUUUGCAUAGAAAAACUAAAGAAUUUUAAUUGGAAUCCCCCUAAUUUUGCCUCCUGCAUUAAAUUUUAAGAUUUAAGAAAAUUAUAUUAAUAAUCUUUUUUUUCCUUUAAAUAAAAUACACAAAAAGAAAAAAAAAGUGUGGAACACAUUGUAGGAGAUAAGAGAAAAAGAAAAGCUUGGAAAUUGCAAGUAAGAAAUUCAAUGAAUAUAUACAAAAAAAAAUAUUGUGUAGUUUUAAUAUUUUAUGGAAAAUAAAGAGGUUUUCUUGAAAAAAAGAAAA